UAAGGAGUGGCUGAAACUUCUGCUGCGUGGCAAACCGUCAGGCAAUAACCCACUCCAGUAUGCGCACGUUAGCAACUCCCAGUUCCUUAGAAGUUAGAACGCAUUCCAAAUGACAUGAAAAUCACUGCAACGCUGCAGUUCCAAAGUCACCUCUCCCCUGGACUACUCACAAUGUUCCUGCUCAAGACAUGGAGAUCGACGGCUUUUGGUAUAUUCGGAUACCUCAAUUUCACCAAAGCCGGUUUCGUUGAACAUUCAAAGAAGUUCAAACCAGAGGAUAUGGAGACAAGAAUGAAUGGCAAGAAUUGCAUAGUUACUGGAGCAAAUUCUGGCAUUGGCUAUGCAACUGCGGAGGGUCUUGCUUCACGUGGAGCAACUGUCUUUAUGUUAUGCCGUAAUAAGGAGAGAGGAGAAGCCGCACUUUCUAAGAUUCAGUCUGCCACAGGCAACACAAAUGUACAUUUGGAGGUCUGUGAUCUUUCAUCCAUCAGUGAUAUCAAAUCAUUUGCAUCUAGAUUUUCAUCAAAUGAUGUACCAAUUCACGUACUGGUCAAUAAUGCUGGUGUGCUUGAGAAUAAACGAGUUACCACUUCAGAAGGGUUUGAGUUCAGUUUUGCUGUGAAUGUAUUGGGUACCUAUUCCAUCACAGAACUGAUGCUGCCACUACUGGAGAAAGCUGCACCUGAUGCUCGCGUUAUCACAGUGUCCUCUGGUGGAAUGUACACAGCUCCUUUGACCAAAGAUCUACAGUUCAGUGACAGCAACUUCAAUGGGGUGGAACAGUAUGCUCGAAAUAAGCGAGUUCAGGUAGCACUAACUGAGAAAUGGGCUGAAAUUUACAAGAAUAAAGGGAUUGGAUUCUAUUCGAUGCACCCAGGUUGGGCGGACACACCUGGAGUUGCUACGAGUUUGCCUGGAUUCUCAAAAUCGCUUUCAGGAAAACUUAGAACAAGUGAGGAAGGUGCGGACACGGUUCUUUGGUUAGCAGUACAACCAAAAGAAAAAUUGGUACCAGGUGCAUUUUAUUUUGAUAGAGCUGAAGCACCUAAACACCUUCUGUUUGCAGCUACCGGUGGCUCUCAUUCAAUAAUCGAUUCCAUUGUCGACCAUCUCCGUUCCAUGUCUAAUCUCUCUUCACAAAGUUGAAGAUGCUUCCAUAGAAAUAUCAAUUGAUUAUAGAGAAAAUUGAUGUUAAACUUUAUAUCCGAACCAGUUUGUGUUUUAAUGGUGAAGAUAGCAUUGACCAAAUUGUUGGAGGGAGUGCUGUUUGCCCCCCAUUAGCAGAAUCGUCUCUCUGCCUCUAAUUUUGCUUUUGUACAGAGAAAGUUUGUCUUAUUAUAUUUCCAGCACAGAACAAAAAGUUAUAAUGAAUGUAUUGAUUCCACAUUCAAACA